AUGGCGAGUUCCAGUAAAACCGCCAACAAAACGGAACCAGAAUGGGGGCGAGGUACGUUUUCUGUCACCUUUUUGGUAGCAAACUUGCUGAAAGCAUUUUUUCCUUUCUCCUUUUUGCCAUGUCUAGUGCUCAUCUGUGGUGGCACCGCCUGGACCAAACUCGGACGGAAAGGCCCCGCGUCACCGGACGACGGCGAAGAUCUCCUCGAGCCCCACAUUCUCCGCUCGCUCUCGACGAUUCGCGCUGCCUCCAUUCACACUUCGUGCUCGGCGGUGCAUUUCGUCGUUAUAGACGUGGACGGCGUGGCUUGGUUAUUCGGUCGUAACGGGAGUUCAUGUCUGGGCCUGGGGGGUACCGUGGAUGCCGUGAGCGAGGAGGAGCCACUGAGGAUCGCGGUGGAGGACUUGGGAGGUGAGGGCCACUGGGUACAUGCUGCGUGUGGGAGGAAUCAUACAUUGCUCGUCGCCAGCGAUGGUGGGGUCUGGACGGCGGGUACGAAUGUCUUUGGGCAGUGUGGCCAUUCUCCGAGUCCCGAGAUACCGACCUUCAAGCGCAUACCGUUCUUUGGUGCCGACGAAGGCCAAGAAAAAGCUGGCAAGGCAUCGGCGGGGGUGACGUUCUCAUGUGUCUUAACUGAGAGCGGGAAGGUAUAUGCCUUUGGUUCCGGGGAGAAAGGCCAGCUCGGGAACGGGACGACCGGCGAGCGCAUUACGACGGGAAACAAGACGGCAUUUGAUAUCGUUUACGAACCCGUCAUGGUGAAGGAUUUGGGGCCUGAGAAGAUUACGCAGCUGUCGUCAGGUCAGCAGCAUUCGAUUGCGCUGGAUGAGAAGGGUACCGUUCAUGUCUGGGGUUACAACGGAUACUGCCGUCUCGGUCUAGGCAAUCAAGUUGAUGCACUCCGGCCCAAACAAGUACCUCAAUUCGCGGGGGCGAACGCAGGCAUACUGGUCGCUGCUGGACCGAGUAAUUCGGUCGUUGUAGAUAAGGGCGGGAUGUACUGGAUGACGGGAAAGUGGAAAAACUCAGGCGAUGGAUCAUCAGGUUCCCCCUACAGCAGCUUCCGGUACAUGCCUGAUAUUAUGGGCUGCAAAAUUACUGCCGCAGCGUCUGGAGGAGUAACACAUUGGGCAUUGACACCAGAUGAUGAGGGUGAAGGGACUAUGACUAUAUCAUGGGGGCAGAACGCCGCGAAUGGUGAACUCGGACUGGGACCAUCUGAGCCUAAAUCGGCUACAAAGCCUAUCAAGCACCAAUUGUUGGCAGGCCUGGACGUGCUGUCCAUCGCGCCAGGACAAAAUACGACACUCUUCCUCGUUCGACCGUCUGACAAGAUGAGCGAGUUGCCGCGACACCCUGCUGAGGUAGAAGUCAGCGACGCCUGUGUCAUAUGCCGGAGGGAGGACGACGAGGAAGCUCUGGAGUGUGAUAAGUGUGACAACCCAUACCAUCUGUCGUGCUUAACCCCGCCUCUCACGGCCGUACCAGAGGGUGAAUGGUUUUGUCCACGAUGUAUCAGUGCACUUGUUGGCCGACGACUGAAGGCUGAUGGUGAGUCAGGUAAAAGAAAGGCCCUGCCGAGUAGUGGUGGGAGGAGUAGUGCGCAGAAGAAAAAGAAGCAGUAG